UUCCAUUUUUCAUUUUUUUUCUCCCACUUACCUGUCUCUUUCUUUCAUCCCCCUUUUUGCUGUUCUUAGAAAAAGGAAAAUGCAGAGCUUCAAAGCUGCAGCACCUCAUACUACCCCAGACAUGUUUUGCCACUCUUCUUUUUUUCUUAGGGGGGACGACGAUUUUAAUCCCGCUAAUGCUUUUCAUCACGAUGAUUCUGUUGACUUAAGCUCAAGCUCCAUUUUUAGUUUAAAAUCCAGUAAUGUUGAUGUUGUAGGCAAUAGCUUGCACUAUGACGCCUUCAGCACGGGAAUCAGGGCAGCAGAGAUAGUUUCAAGUGGGACGGGGUGUUUGGAUACAGGGCAGUUCAUGUAUCAGAAAGGGACAACGUUGGGGAAUGGGCAUAUUGAAAACUGGGGUGACUCUGGCCUUGCUGAUAAUAGCCAACAGACUGACACUUCUACUGAUGUUGACACUGAUGAUAAAAACCAGCUUCAACAUGGAGCUAUUAUAACCGUGGAUCAGUCCAAGUUAAAAACUGGUGAUCAAAAGACACUUCGGCGGCUGGCUCAAAAUCGAGAAGCUGCAAGGAAGAGUAGAUUGAGAAAGAAAGUAACGUGUUUAUUGCUGGCAUACGUCCAGCAGCUUGAGAGCAGUCAACUUAGGCUUACACAACUAGAGCAAGAGCUUCAAAAAGCACGACAGCAGGGUUUUUUUAUUGCGUCUGGACUUUCCGGUGGCCACGGCCUUUCUGUUAGUGGAAAUGCAGCCUUGGCCUUUGACAUGGACUAUGCUCACUGGCUCAAUGAACAUCAACGGCUGAUUAAUGACCUAAGAUCAGGUCUUAAUUCUCAUCUAGGAGACAGUGAAUUGCGCAUUCUUGUUGAGAGUGUGAUGGCACAUUAUGAUGAGGUUUUCAAGCUAAAAAGCAUUGGUGUAAAGGCAGAUGCAUUUCAUAUGCUUUCUGGCAUGUGGAAAACACCUGCAGAGAGGUGUUUUAUGUGGUUGGGCGGAUUCCGUUCCUCCGAACUUCUCAAGAUACUUGGAAACCACCUUGAGCCUUUGACAGACCAACAAUUAAUGGGCAUAUGUAAUCUGCAGCAAUCCUCCCAACAAGCUGAAGAUGCCUUAUCACAAGGAAUGGAAGCUUUGCAACAAGCUCUAGUAGACACUCUUCCAUCUGCAUGUUUGGGUCCUACUGCCUGCGGGAAUGUUGCAGAUUACAUGAGCCAGAUGGCUAUUGCAAUGAGCAAGCUUGCUACUUUGGAGAACUUCCUUCACCAGGCUGACCUAUUGAGACACCAAACUCUGCAGCAAAUGCAUCGGAUUUUAACCACUCGCCAAGCAGCCCGAGCCCUGCUAGUUUUUAGUGAUUACAACUCACGCCUUCGGGCACUUAGCUCUUUAUGGUUAGCCCGACCUAGAAACUAAUGAUAAUUCUUUCAUUCCAUGAAGCUUUUGUUGAUUUCAUUAAUGCUUUUUGCACAUAUUGAUGCGGUUCUGCCAUAUAUUGCACCUUCUUUCACAACCCAUUGAAGGUGAUGGGAUGGCCAUGUAGAAACAUGAUGGUUAUGCUAUGAUUGUAAUUUCAUUUACUAAA